CCGCGGCCUCCCGCUCUGAGGGAGCAGCCGCUGCCCUGCGGGCGCGCCCGGGCACGCUGCGCCUACUACGCGUGCGUAGGAGCGGCCGGGCGCGGGAGCGGUGCGCAUGCGCGUUGCCGCCCUCCCGCGCUCUUUUUCGCUCGGUGCGAGGGCGAGCGGUGCGAAUUCGGGCCGCGGCGCAUGCGCAGAGAGCGCGUACGGCGGCCGAGUGGGGCCGUCCCGCCUUCGCCUUUUGUCCGGCGGGGCGGCCGGCGGGAGCCCAGCAGCAGGACCCCGAGGUGCAUCCAGCACCAAAAGGAGCUGUCCCUCUCUCAGCAGCAGGACCCCGAGGUGCAUCCAGCACCAAAAGGAGCUGUCCCUCUGUCAGCAGCAGGACCCCGAGGUGCAUCCAGCCCAGCCCAGCAGCAUGGGCUCCAAGCAGAUCGCCCAGGAGACGUUUGACGACGCGGUGCAGGAGAACAUCACCGAGUUCGAGAUGGAGCCCGAGGAGGCUGUGAGGGAAGCUGUGCAGCAGUUUGAGGCCCAAGGUGUGGACCUGAGCAAUAUUGUGAAAGCUGUGCGACCUCCUGCCUCUGAGAACGGGCAGAGGCAAAAGCAUCAAAUCCUGCUGACCCUGGAGUGCCUGGGCAGAGCCGUGGCAGAGCAGGACGUGGCCCAGCUGCCCCAGCAGCUGUCGGCCUUCGCCGCGCAGUGCAAGGAGCAGCUCGCCUUCCGCCACCUGGCCGGCCAGAACGGCGCCUACCCCGCCGUGCUCUCUGCCUGCCAGCUGGCUGCAGGGGACAGGGAUUUGCUGCUCCAGGCCUUCUCCACGCUGGGCGCCCUGCUGGAUGGGCAGCCAGACCUGCUGGACGCCGCGGGGCAGGAGCUGCUGCUGCGGAGCCUGCGGGAGCGGCGCGGGGACGCCGAGGCGACGCUGGCCGGGAUCCGCUGCGUGCGCCACGCCUGCCUCAAGCACGAGCACAACAGGCAGGGCUUUGUCAAGGGUGGCAUCCUCCCUCUCCUCACUGGAGCCAUCACCCAGCACGGCGGCAGUGCUGAGCUGGUCAGGAUGGCAGCCUCGGCCCUCAGGGUCAUGACGUUCGACGACGACAUCCGUGUGCCCUUCGGUCACGCCCACGACCACGCCAAGAUGAUUGUGUUGGAGAACGAUGGGUUGAGAGUCCUCAUUGAGGCUGCAAAAGCCUUCAGGGAUAACUCUGGGGUUCUCAGCGAGCUCUGUGCCACCCUCUCUCGCCUCUCAGUCAGGAAUGAGUUCUGCCAGGAAAUCGUGGACCUUGGGGGCUUAAAUUUCAUGGUGACUCUGCUGGCUGACUGCAUGGAGCACCCGGACGUGGUGAAGCAGGUGCUCGGCGCCAUCCGCGCCGUGGCCGGCAACGACGACGUCAAAGACGCCAUCGUGGAGGCCGGGGCCACCGACCUCAUCGUGCUGGCCAUCAGCCACCACCUGGGCAACCCUCAGAUCUGUGAGCAGGGCUGUGCAGCCCUGUGCAUGCUGGCCCUGCGCAAGCCCGAGAACUGCAGCGUCAUCAUGGAGAGCGGCGGGGCCCUGGCAGCUCUGCAGGCCAUGAAGGCUCACCCACGAGAGGUGGCUGUGCAGCAGGCCUGCAUGCUGAUCCGGAACCUGGUGGCUCGCAGCCGGGAGCUGUGCGGGCCCAUCCUGGCGCUGGGGGCCGAGGUGCUGAUCGCCGAGGCGCGCGCCGCGCACCGCGACUGCGACGACGUGGCCAGGGCUGCCCUCAGGGACCUGGGCUGCAAGGUGGAGCUGCGGGAGCUCUGGACGGGCCAGAAGGGGAGCCUGGCUCAGUGAAGCCUCCUUUCAACAAGCAGGGAAGAUGCAAAAAGUGUCUGAGCCCCCCCGGAGUCUGGUGGGAAGUGGCGUGGAUGGUUCUGCCCGACGCCCGGCUGGAGCACCCGCAGCGAACUUGGAAGCAAAUUUCCUGGCUUGGGAAGGCUGCAGGGAGCUUUUAUCUGGGGAGCUGCAGCUGAAAUGGCUUUCUGCAUUCACAGCCUGCAAAUCAACUCUGUGUAGUGAUCAUUCCCUGGGUCAUCUCAUGGCUGAAGAUGAUCUGCUCCCCCCUGGUGUGCAGGACGGGGCUGUUCUCACUGCUCUGACAGCAGGGCUGGCUCUGUCCUGCCCAGAGUUUGGCUGCUGGUUCCCAUUUGUGCCCCUGGCAGGGGCUGGGUGAGGAGGAAUCCCAGCAUUUGUCAAUGUGGUCUCUCUGUCCCUGUUCUUUUACUGCUGACCCCACCCUUGUGUCGCUGCUUUGUUUGGGAUUUUUCCGCCAGCGUAACGUUUUAAACAAAAACAAAAAAACACCAAAAAAAGGAAAAAAAAAAGCAAGAAAAAAAAAGCAAAGUAAGGAUUUGGGAUAAUAUCCAAAGGAACUGUUGGCAUCCAGGAGUAAAGUUCAUGUUCUCCCUCAGUGAGGGGAGCAGGGCAGGGACUGGCAGCGGGGUGGGAAUUCCAGAGUGUGACCAAGCAGGCGCUGGUGCCACUGGGAAUGCCAGGCUUCGUCACCUCUUAGCACUGCCCUGGAUCCAGGAAUGCUUUCAUUGCAGUGAACGGGCCAAGAGCCUCAUGGACUGAGGCAGAACUGUGCAUUUGCUGGAUUUGUGGGCAGAGCAUGCCCCAGAAAGGCUCUGAAGGCUUUUGUGGCAGCCCCGCUCUGGUGCUGAGCCUUCCUCCUGCGCCGCUGGUUUUGUGAGUGGAUGUUUUUAAUGUGAUACUCUCUGUAGAAAUGGUGACCUUAUAAAACAAACCUUCCAGGGC